ACACACACUCUGUCUUCCUCCUACUCCAGACCUUCCACUACUGCUGCCUUCCCUGUACCACCUUCCCGGUGUCACCGUCCUGUUGCUCUCCCGCUCUCACCGUCCUUGUGCAGAGCACACGCUGCCAGAGGCUGCAACUCCCCAGCUGCGCAUGCGGACUGGUACCCAGAGGCCAGGAGGACAAGGGGGUCCUAGGCUGCUCCCCCAAGCAGCUGCCUCCCAUGAGUCCUCCCUGCCCCCAUCAGGAUGGCCACGGUGGACAGAUACCUGCGUCAGCCCUGGAGCGUGGUGCACGGCAUCCCCAUGGUCUGCGCCUUUGCCCCGAACUGGGAGCGGGUGGACAAUUUCCAGAGCCGCCCUGAAGAUAUUGUGGUGGCCACCUUCCCCAAGUCUGGCACCACUUGGGUCAGUGAGAUUGUGGACAUGAUCCUGCAAGGCGGUGACCCAGAGAAGUGCAAACGGGAUGCCAUCGUCAACCGGGUACCCAUGUUGGAGUUUGUUGCCCCUGGGGAGAUGCCAGCAGGAACAGAGGUGCUAGCUACCAUGCCCUCACCCCGUGUGGUCAAGAGCCACCUGCCUGCACAUAUCCUGCCCAAAUCCUUCUGGGACAAUGGCUGCAAGAUAAUCUACGUGGGUCGCAAUGCCAAGGACGUGGCUGUCUCCUUCUACUACUUUGACCUGAUGAAUAAGUUUGAACAACAUCCAGGAACAUGGGACCAGUACCUGGAGGCUUUCAUGGCUGGCAAAGUGGCCUAUGGCUCUUGGUUUGACCACGUGCGGGGCUACUGGGAGCGCCGGCAGGAGCACCCCAUCCUCUACCUCUUCUAUGAGGACAUGAAGGAGGAUCUCCGCCGGGAGGUUGCCAAGGUGGCCCAGUUCCUGGGGCGGGAGCUGACGGAAGUGGCACUGGACACCAUUGCCCACCACACAUCCUUUGAGGCCAUGCGGGACAAUCCCAGCACCAAUUACAGCAGUGUGCCCUCCCACCUCAUGGACCACGGGAUCUCCCCCUUCAUGCGCAAAGGCAUCACCGGUGACUGGAAGAACCACUUCACUGUGGCCCAGAGUGCACACUUUGACCAGUACUAUGCUCAGAAGAUGGCGGGCACUGACCUGCGCUUCCGCACAGAAAUCUGAGUCUCACACACCUUCAGAUUUCUGCUUUUGCAAAAAUAAAAGAGUUUUACUUCUGCCUUC